AUGUCGAGCCCACGCCUUCUUGAAGAGAUCAAGGUCGACCACGACAACAUCCGAGACUUGUGCAAGCGCUUCCAGGAUGCCCAAAAGAAGGGCGACGAGAAGCUCUGCACUGACAUUGCCAACACAAUCAUUCACGAGGCUGCCGUUCACUCUGAUGCCGAGGAACUCUCCAUCUACAAGAUGAUGGACCAGCAGGGCAUGAAGGACAUCGCCGAAAAGGACCGCAACGACCAUCAGCAAGUCAAGCAAGCCAUGAAUGAUCUCAACGCCCACGGCAUCUCUGACGUCGGUCUGGAGGCCUACGCCAAGCGCGUCGUCGAUGCAUGCCAGCUCUUCCUCCACCACGCCGAGGAAGAGGAGACCGACCAGCUCCCUCGGCUCGUCAAGGAGCUCAGUGAAAAGGACCACGCCAAGGCUGUUGACGACUUCCUCCAAGCUCGCAAGAUGGCUCCUACUCGUCCUCACCCCUCUGCUCCUCAAGGCGGUGGUAUGGCUCAGAAGGCCAUGGGCGCUAUGGGCAAGGCCGCCGACGUUGCUAUGGACGUCGGUCGUAACUUUGUCGAUCUCAAAUACCACCACAGCGAAGUCAAGUCUUCUGCCUAG